AUGGGAGUCUGUGGACAGAGGCAGCAAGAGGAGAACCUGGCUGAGGAGCUGUCCCCAGACGCGGUCCCCAGACGCGGUCCCCAGACGCCGUCCCCAGAUGCGGUCCCCAGACGCGGUCCCCAGACGUGGUCCCCAGACGCGGUACCCAGAUGUGGUCCCCAGACGCCGCCCCAGACGCUGUCCCCAGGUGCCGUCCCCAGACGCGGUCCCCAGACGCGGUCCCCAGACGCGGUCCCCAGACGCUGUCCCCAGACGCCGCCCCAGACGCCGCCCCAGACGCCGCCCCAGACGCCGUCCCCAGACGCCAUCCCCAGACGCGGUCCCCAGAUGCAGUCCCCAGAUGCUGUCCCCAGACACCGUCCCCAGAUGUGGUCCCCAGAUGCUGUCCCCAGACGCCGCCCCAGACGGUGUCCCCAGACGGUGUCCCCAGACGCCGCCCCAGACGCCGUCCCUAGACGUGGUCCCCAGACGCGCCUUGUCACCCAGGACUCGGGACCCACAUGGUCCCUGGAGUACAGUAGGCCUCUGAGCAGAGGGGCCUCGGGUUUCAAUGAGCACUUUGACAUGAUCCAGGGCCCGACUGGUUACCACCAAGAUGAUCCACCAGGUCCACGCUUCUGCCCUAAGAGCUCUGCGCAGAGGGAUGAGGAACUGGACAAGCAGGUAGGGGCUGCCUUGGCCUCCUGGAAUCCGUUCACAGGGCAGCAGCCACCCACACCCUGGGGCCCGCCCACACGAGACCCCGCCCACACGAGACCACGCCCGCUCCCGGGCCCUGCCCACUCCGGGGCCCGCCCACACGAGACCACGCCUACUCCCGGGCCCCGCCCACUCCGGGCCCGCCCACACGAGACCACGCCCACCCCGGGCCCCACCCACACGAGACCACGCCCACACGAGACCCCGCCCACACGAGACCACGCCCACUCCCGGGCCCCCCCCACUCCGGGGCCCGCCCAUACGAGACCACGCCCACACGAGACCACGCCCACCCCGGGCCCCACCCACACGAGACCCCGCCCACACGAGACCACGCCCACUCCCGGGCCCCACCCACACGAGACCACGCCCACACGAGACCCCGCCCACAUGAGACCACGCCCGCUCCCGGGCCCUGCCCACUCCGGGGCCCGCCCACACGAGACCACGCCCACACGAGACCAUGCCCACUCCCGGGCCCCGCCCACUCCGGGCCCGCCCACACGAGACCACGCCCACUCCCGAGCCCCACCCACUCCGGGGCCCGCCCACACGAGACCACGCCCACACGAGACCACGCCCACCCGGGCCCCACCCACACGAGACCACGCCCACACGAGACCCCGCCCACACGAGACCACGCCCGCUCCCGGGCCCCGCCCACUCCGGGGCCCGCCACACGAGACCACGCCCACACGAGACCACGCCCGCUCCCGGGCCCGCCCACACGAGACCACGCCCACUCCCGGGCCCCGCCCACUCCCAGGCCCCGCCCGCACGAGACCACGCCCACACGAGACCACGCCCACUCCCGGCCCCGCCCACUCCGGGGCCCGCCCACACGAGACCACGCCCGCUCCCAGGCCCCGCCCACUCCGGGGCCCGCCCACCCUCGGGCCACUCUCCCCCUGCACAUGCCAUAGUCGUGUGGUCCCCUGCCAGUCACUGUCCUCGGGGAUGAGAGGCAGGGACCCUGAGGCCGCUUUGUCCUCGGCCACCGCCGAGCUCCCGUGCUGGUCCUGA